AUGUCGUCCGCGACUACAUUUUACGACUUUGAACCGGUCGACAAAACCGGAAAGCCCUUCCCCCUCUCUAGCCUAAAAGGCAAAGUGGUUCUUGUCGUCAACACAGCCUCCAAAUGCGGCUUCACCCCGCAAUUCGCCUCCCUCGAAACCCUCUACAAAUCCCUGACCGAAAAAUAUCCCGACACAUUCACAAUCCUCGGAUUCCCCUGCAACCAAUUCGGCUCCCAAGACCCCGGCUCCAACGAUGACAUCCAGUCCUUCUGCCUGACGAACUACGGUGUUAGUUUCCCCGUGCUGGGCAAGUUGGAUGUGAAUGGGGAGCAGGCGGCGCCUGUGUAUAACUGGUUGAAGGAGGAGAUGCCUGGGAUUAUGGGGUUGAAGAGAGUGAAGUGGAAUUUUGAGAAGUUUCUGAUUUCGGCGGAUGGGAAGGUUGUUGGGAGGUGGGCUAGUACGUCGAAGCCGGAGGGUUUGGAGGGGAGGAUCGUGGAGGAGAUUGAGAAGGCGAGGAAGGAGGGGACGUUGGCUGGAGCGUCGGGGGAGCAGGCUAAGCUGUCUUAG